GAAAUAUGCUCUCUAUUCACCUCACCUUCUUUCUUUCCCUUCUCGCAUCGACCUUCCCAACUUCCUACCACAAACCCUAAACCUACUCUGAAGAAACUCUACGAUUUUGCCCCUUUCCCACUAUGUCCUCUUUAAUUUUCAAAAUGCCCUCCAACUCCCUCGUCCGGACGCUCCUCCGCCGGACCCUCUGCACUGCGACGGAGACACGGACCCAGAAGCUCGAGCGCAUCGCCGACGUACUCCUGGACUUGAACAAGUUCGAGCGCCACGAUUACGUCGUCCUGCUCAGCUACAAGAUGGGCUUCAAUCGCUACGGUCCGGCGGCCACCGCGCCCGGUCCACAAUCUGCGUCGUCCGCCGCCGCCGGCGCAUCGACUGCCGCCGCGGCUGCCAAGGAGAAAACGGCGUUCGACGUGAAAUUGGAGAAAUUCGAGUCCUCGGCCAAGCUGAAGGUGAUCAAGGAGAUCAGGUCCUUCACGGAUUUAGGGCUGAAGGAGGCUAAAGAUCUGGUGGAGAAGACGCCGGCGGUGGUGAAGAAGGGGGUCACCAAGGAGGAGGCCGAGAAGAUCGUCCAGAAGCUAAAGGAAGUCGGGGCCACUGUUAUCAAUGCAUUGUUGAGUGAAAGUGAACCCGACAUUCAAGCUGCUGCUAAUAUGAGAAUGGUUUCUCUUGUUCACAUCUUUUGA